AUGCCACGCAGUUUCAAGCCGUCAUCACUCCACCUCUGCAACGCGUAUAUCGAUAGACGUCUGAAGGAAGUUUACAAGGAGCACGCCUCCGCUAGAAGUACACUCUACAAGUGGCACUCGAAGCUCGCGACGGGCGACUAUUCCAUUGAAGAUGAAGACCGUUCGGGACGCCCGAUGGAGUUGGAUUUGGUCUUGCUGCGGAGACAGAUGGAAGCCAAUCCGUUUCAAAACACUCGCGAACUGACGGUUGCUCUUGGGAUGAGUCAAACCACAGUUGUUCGCGGAAUGGUGUCAAUCGGCAAGGUGCGAAAACUAGGUCGAUGA